AGAACGCGCGCUCUGGCUUCUCAGUGCUUUUCAUUUCCUCCGCCGACAUGCACUGCAACUUCACCACCACGCUACUGGUCCGGACUCUUCCCACCCUCCUGUCCGUGGAGUUCAUCCUGGGGGCCGUGAGCAAUGGGCUGGCCCUGUGGAUCUUCUGCUUCCACCUGCGGCCCUGGAAAAGCAGCACGGUGCUGCUCUUCAACCUGGCCGUUGCGGAUUUCCUGCUCAACAUGAUCCUGCCCUUCCGCGCCAGCUACUACAGCUCGGGCGUCAAGUGGCGCUUCGGCGAGACGCUGUGCAACGUGUCGCAGUUCAUGCUGGCGCUCAACCGCACCGGGAGCACCCUCUUCCUCAUGGCCAUCGCCGUGGAUCGCUACUUGCGCGUGGUGCACCCGCACAGCCGCGUCAACUACCUGAGUGCCUCCAAGGCCAUGUGCGGCGCCGCCGCGCUGUGGUUGGUCACCGUGUGCAUGACGGCCAACGCCCUCAGCCUGCAGAACUUCCGCUCGGACUACUGCGAGAGCUUCCUGGUGGAGACCUCGGCCGAGGGCAACCGGCUGUGGCACAAGUUCAACUUUCUGUUCUCCUGCUGGACGCCGCUGCUGGUGAUUCUCUUCUGCACGGCGCGCAUCGUAGCCCAAUUGCGCGGGCGGCAGAUGAGCCAGCACGGCAAGAUUAAGAAGGCGUUGUGGUUCAUCACCGUGGUGGUGGUGCUUUUCGCCAUCUGCUUCCUGCCCAGUAACAUCACGCAGCUGCUCAUCUGGAUCAAAACACAGGAGGCCAUCAAGACCCUGCCCGAGUCGGAGGUGUGCGACGCCAUGGAUGACCUCACCGUGGUCUUCUACAUGACGGUCAGCCUGACUUAUCUCAAUAGUGCCCUGGACCCGGUGGUCUACUACUUCUCCAGCCCCACCUUCAAGAACAUCUGCAGGAAGUGCCUGAACCUGCCACUGGGGGAGACCACUGAAAGCAUAGAGAAGAAGACCCGGGAGACCGGAUCGCACUCCUGCAGCCAGAUUUAGCGGGCGUCACUCCCCCCAAAAAAUGUGGUUUCUUUCGGGGAGGGCAAAUUUACAACUCGGUAGGGACAAAGCAUUGCCGCAAUCUGUAAUCCGGCUCGCUGCAUAUUAAUAUGAACGGGAGACCUGUAAUAUAUAUUAAUUUAGCCCCCCACGCUUGUGCUUUAUAAUGUACACAUUUUAAAAAAAUCUUUGAUGUCAUUAAACACCCUUGUGAAGUGAAUUUUAAGAUUGAUUUCUAAAGGUUUGAAGACAAUGGUUGCAAACGUGUAAAGACCUAGAAUGACGUAUGACUCACUUGCGGAAAUAACACGUUAAACUGUUUUUCACCA